AUGACCCUUCUUGCGUCCACAAACAUGUCUAAAGAGACCACGCUGCUCGCUUUGCUAGUCCUCUCUCCCUCUCUCUCCCUCAUACAACACCACAGUGCUCUUUCCAGCUCCAAGAUCAGACACGUUCUGCUACAUGGAACCCUCUUCCACCAGUCAAGCUCCCAGCACAGCCUCCACCUCCUCCGUCCGUCGAAACCUCUUCACAAACCACCUCUCCCACCGCCGACCCCCGAUCUAGCCAGCUCCAACUUGCCCUCCGAACCCAUCCGCAACCCUAGCGCCAACUCCUCCACCCACUCCCUCUCGAACCUAAGUAACGCACCCCCUCCCCGCCGCCCAACCUCCCGUACCCAAUCCACCGACUCUCUCAACAACCCUCUCGCUACCACCAACCACCACUCCCGCAGUACCACCGACCUCAGCAACUCCAACAACACGAAUGGCGACAUCGUAGCGCGCGACCGCAGCGGCCGACCCGACCUCCCUGAAAUCCCGCUUCUACCCCCACAUUUCCGCCUGUCGAGCUCCGGACCUCGCGGCGGCGGCGGCAGUGGUGGUGGUGGUGGCGACGACGCCAACAAUACGGCCGACGAAGAGGGGGUGGACAUGGACGACACGGAGGGGAUGGAGUUGGAGAGCGCGAUGAGAGAGAAGGAGGAUCAGGAGCGGAUCGAGAAGAGUUUGGUGGAUAUGAUGUAUCGCAGUCGGAUGCGCGGAAAUGGGCAUCAUGGCCAUGGUGGAGUGGGCGGAGGAGGAGGUGCUGGUGGUAAUAAGGGAUUGGGGCAAGAGAAUGAAGAGCUCCUGGCGCUGGUACAAGCGAGUCUGAGGAAGAAGGCAGCGAGUUUGGAGGAGGAUAGGUGGAUGUUUGAGGGGGAGACGGGCGAGGAGAGCUGUUACGGUUUCAGAUGA